GGCUGGGUGGCACCGGGGGUCCCGGGGAGUCAUGCGGGGGCGCGGGGCUGCCCGCUUCUGGCCUGGGCCAAAGCUCCAGCUGCUGCUUCCGUUGUUCCUGCUGGUCCCCCGAGCGCGUCCCCUGGGCGGCCCCGGGCCACUGCAGUGCCACGGAGUUGAACCUUUGGGGAACUUGAACUGCUCAUGGGAACCUCUUGGGGACCUGGGAGCCCCCUCUAUGCUGCACCUCCAGAGCCAGAAAUACCAUUCCAACAGAACCCGGACCGUGGCGGUGGCCGCGGGGCAGAGCUGGGUGACGGUUCCUCGGGAGCAAUUCACCGCGUCUGACACUCUGCUCGUCUGGGGGACCAAGGCAGGCCAGGUCCUCUGGCCCCCCGUCCUCGUCAACCUGGAAACCCGAAUGAAGCCCAGAGCCCCCCGGCUGCGUCCCGAGGUGGACUUUUCAGAGGACGAGCCCCUGGAGGCCACGGUGCAGUGGGAGCCGCCUACCUGGCCACCUCAUAAGGUCCUGAUCUGCCAGUUCCACUAUCGAAGAUGCCCAGAGGUGGCCUGGACGCCGCUGGAGCCCGAGCUGAAGACGGCACCGCUGACCGCCAUCGAGAUCCCAGACCUGGAGCUGGCCACCCGCUACGAGGUGUCCGGCCGCUGCCGGGUGGACACAGAGGCCGAGCUGUGGGGCGAGAGCAGCCCGGUUCUGUCCUUCCAGACGCUGCCCUCUGCUCCAAAAGACGUGUGGGUGUCUGGGAACCUGUGUGGGCCCCCGGGCAGACAGGAGCUGCUGCUUCUGUGGAAGGCCCCCGGGCCCUGCGUGCAGGUGAGCUACAGAGUGUGGUUGUGGGUUGGAGAGAAGAGCCUGAUUCAGGAAGGGGUCUCCUGUUGCAAGUGCCCGGUCCCCCCCUGGGCAGCGUGGGCAGGGGUGUCUGCUGUCAACACCACCAGCUGGGAGCCACGCACCAACUUCUCUUUGGUCUGCUUGGCUCCGGACUCUGCCCCCCAUGAUGUGGUGGUCAGCAGCACCCCCGGGAGCACGCAGCUGCUGGUGACCUGGCAACCAGGGGACGGGGAGCCACUGGAGUACGUGGUGGACUGGGCUCAAGAUGGGGACACUCUGGAAGACCUGAACUGGGUGCGGCUUCCCCCUGGGAACCUCAGUGCUCUGUUGCCAGGGACUUUCAAAGGAGGGGUCCCCUAUCGGAUCACAGUGACAGCGGUCUUUCCGGGGGGCUUGGCCCCCGCCUCCUCCGUUUGGGCUUUCCGGGAGGAACGAGCACCCCUGGCAGGGCCGACCCUGUGGCGACUCCAGGAUGACCCCCCAGGGACUCCCACGGUGGCCUGGGGAGAGGUCCCAAGACACCAGCUCCAGGGCCACCUUACUCACUACACGUUGUGCUCAAGAAGUGGGUCGAACCCGGCCGACUGCACCAAUGUGAGCAGCAGCACCCGGAUCGUCACUCUGCCCAGCCUUCCCUGGGGUCCCUGUGAGCUGUGGGUGACUGCCUCCACCAUUGCAGGACAGGGCCCCCCUGGCCCCAGCCUCUGGCUUCACCUACCAGAUAACGCGGUGCCGUGGAGAGUUCUGCCGGGCGUCCUGGCCCUGUGGGGGCUGCUCCUGGUGGGCUGCGGCCUGAGCCUGGCCAUGGCUCCAAGGUGCCUCCACCUUCGACAGAAGGUGCUGCCCCCCUGGGUGUGGGAGAAGGUUCCUGACCCCGCCAACAGCAGCGCCGGGCAGACCCACGUGGAGGAGGUGCGCCAGGCCCCCCCUCUGACUGACUUGCCSGUCCUGAAGGUAGAGGAGAUGGAGCCACCAGCACCGCAGGAGCCCCCCCAGUCCCCCGCCCCACUUCACUCUGGGUAUGAGAAACAUUUCCUGCCCACACCAGAGGAACUGGGCCUCCUGAGGCCCCCCAGGUUUCAAGAUCUGGUCUGAACCUUGCCCCAAGCUGGGGGCUGCAGGACAAGCGAGAAGGGUGCUCAUGGAUGCUGCUCCCCAGCCCUGGGUUAAACCUCUUGACAGAUGAAGACACUGAGGCUCAGAGAGGCUGAGUCACUUGUCUGAGGACACCCAGCCAGGAAGUCCUGAGGUUGAAGGACCCCUUCAGAGAAGGGCCCAGCCCCAGCAGGGAAUGGACGAGGAAGUGAAAGAAAAUGUAUGCCAUCCGCGAGCGGCCGCUCCCUCCGGAAGUCUGUCCUGCCAGAACAGAACUGCACUUGGGCACGGUCCUUUGCAGCUAGGUCAGUCGUGGACUGAGGUCUUGACAACUGUGGGGGCAGCCGGAACCUGAGCAGGAGUGCCCUGUGCCAGCGUCACGUGGGGCUCUUCUCUACGCCUGCUCCCUUUCCUGUGAGCUGGCACAGGCGCUCGCUGGGGCCACACCCAGGGGACGGUGAGGCAAGACAUGGAGAGGAAACCGCGUCCCUGAGUAACUGCGUGGAUCCGAGCCUGA